AUGGAGGUGGAAGGUGGAGAAAAGAACUCAUGUCUGGUGCUUUGGGGCAGCAGUUACCUGUUGUUUCAGGGGUCGGUGACAUUCGAAGAUGUGGCUGUGUACUUUACCAGGAAUGAAUGGAAGCAUCUGGAUUCCUGUCAAAGAGAACUCUACAGGGAUGUAAUGCUGGAGAAUUACGCAUCUCCUUUGUCACAUGCAGGAUUUCCUAUUUCUGAACCUGGCUUGAUCUCCCAGCUAGAGCAAAGAGAAGAGCUGUGUGUGUUAGUGAUUUUCCUAAAGUACAAAUCUGACCACGUCACUCUCCUACUCAGGACACUCCAGUAUUCUAAGAUCUGGACUAAAAAUGAACAGUCAAAUGAGAAAGAAGAAAUUUUAGAAGUAGAACCACAUGGAAUAUUAGAAAUAUGCCUAAAGGCUAUUCCUCCUGUACCCGGUUUUGGAAAAGCAUGUGAACCUGAGAGAUUAGAAAGUCAUCAAGGAAAUACCACAGAGGAAAUUUUGAGACAGUUCCUUAUUCAGCAGAGAGCUUUCAUUGAAGUCACGGUGACUCUUAAGAAAACUUCAAUAGGAAAAUGCUCUGAAGAAUUAAGUGAAUUAAGGAAAAACUUUUCACUAAACUCAGACCUUGCUACUGGUCAAAGAAAUACUACAAGAGAAGGAACGUAUAAAUGUGAAAUCUGUGGCAAAAGCUACAUACACAAUUCAGUCAUUGGUUUUAGUCAAAUAGUUAAUACUGGAGAGAAUCCCCCUAAAUGUAAUGAAUGUGGGAAAAAUUUCAACCAGAGUUCAUACUUUAAGGGAGACCAAGGAAAUCAUAUUGAAAAGAAAACCUAUGGUUGCGCUAAAUGUGGUAAAGCUUUUAUUCUGACCUCAAAACUCAGUUGACAUCAAAGAAUUCAUACUAGAGAGAAACCGUUUAAAUGUAAUGAACGUGGAAAAUCCUUCCGUUUGAGUUCACAACUUCUUGAACAUCGAAGAACUUACACUGGAGAGAAACCCUAUGGGUGUGAUGAAUGUGGAAAACCCUUCACUCAGAGCUCAAGCCUUAUUCACCAUCAGAUAAUUCAUACAGGAGAGAAACCCUGUGGAUGUCAUGAAUAUGGAAAAGCUUUUAGUCAAAACUCACAGCUUAUUUGACACCAGAGAGUUCACACCAGAGAGAGACCCUAUAAGUGUCAUCUUUGUGGGAAAGCCUUCAGCCAAAGUUCAACCCUUGUUCAAUAUCAAAAAACUCAUAUUUAUAUUAAAUCACAGCAGUGUAAUGAAUCUAAGGAUAUUUUUUAUAGUCCACACUUUAAGAAGCCUCAAAGAAAUCAUACUGUAGUAAAAAUGCAUGAAUGUAACGAAUGUGGGAAAACUUUCAAGUGGAGCUCAGGUCUUAUACAACAUCAGUUAAUUCACACUGGAGAGAAACCUUUUCAAUGUAACAAAUGUUUGAAAGCCUUCAGUUGCAACUCACACCUUAUUCUCCAUCAAAGAACUCACGGGGAGAAGCCAUUUAAAUGUGAUGAGUGUGGAAAAGGUUUCAUUCAGAGCUGACACCUUAUUCAACAUCGGAGAAUCCAUACUGGAGAGAAACCUUAUAAAUGUGAUAAACGUGGGAAAGCCUUCACGCAGAGUUCAAGCCUUAUUCAUCAUCAGAGAAUUCAUACUGGAGAGAAACCGUAUGGAUGUCAUGAAUGUGGAAAAACUUUUAGUAUGAGCACACAACUUAUAAUACACCAAAGAAUUCACACUGGAGAGAGACCCUAUAAAUGUGAUGAGUGUGGUAAAGCCUUUAGUCAAAGUUCAACCCUUUUCCAAUAUCAGAUAAUUCAUGCUGGAGUUAAGCCCUAUGCAUGUAAUGAAUGUGAGAAAGCCUUUAACAGAAGCUCAUACCUUAUUGAACACCAGAGAACUCAUACUGGGGAGAAAUCUUAUCAAUGUAAUGAAUAUGAGACUGCCUUAGAGAGUGUAAACCUUAUAAAACAUUUUAUAUCUCACACUGGAAAGAAAUUGCAUGAAUGUAAUGAGUGUGGGAAAGCCUUCAGGUGGAGCUCAUGCCUUAUUGUACAUCAGAGAAUUCAUACUGGAGAAAAACCUUAUAAAUGUAAUAAGUGUGAGAAAGCCUUCAGUUGGAGUUCAAGACUUGGUAAACUUCAGAAAUAUCAUAGUAGAGAAACCUCGUGA